UUAAUCGGUGUUUUAAACUGUUUGAAGUUAAAGUGAAUCGUAAUAAAAUAGUGAAAUUCAAUUAAAAUGUCACUCAUUCCGAUUCUGUUCCGAGACUGGUGGGAUGACUGGGAUACACCGCAUCCAACAUCCCGGCUUAUUGGUCGAAAUCCAGCGAGCGGUGUUACUGCGGAUGACCUGCUAACGGCCCUCAACUCAGCUGCAGCCGUAUGUUCAGCACUCCAGCAGACCCGUCCACGAGCUGGACACAAUUGUCCAUGGCGUAACACUAGCCUAGCUUCACGUCAGAAUUCUGGUUCUACCGUGAACGUUGGCCGCGAUAAGUUCCAAAUAAACGUAGAUGUACAGCAAUUUUCACCGAAUGAAAUCAGCGUCAAAGCAGUCGGUAAUAGUAUUCUGGUGGAAGGAAAGCACGAGGAAAAGCAAGAUGAGCACGGUUACAUCUCCCGGCAUUUCGUUCGCCGGUACCUGUUGCCUGAUGGUCAUGAUCCCGAGUCCAUCGUGUCCACGCUAUCGUCGGACGGAAUUCUCACAAUCACCGCCCCAAAGAAAGCACUGCCAGAACCAGAAGCCGCUAGAACCAUUCCCAUCACCCAAACUGGUGAACCAGUGAAGAAAAUGGCCGAAAAUUCGGAGGCGAAAUCAGCUGAGAAGUCGGUGGAGAAUGGAAAAUAGACUGCCAAAUCAGCGAAUUCAUUACGUGAUUUAUAG